CCCCGUAGAGGAGGCCCAAUGUUGAAAGCCCUCAGUGGGGUCCCACGCUGAAACCUCCAAGGAUGACUCCUGAGACUGGAUUAUUCACUGGGGCCCCCUCGCUGAGACUCCCUCAGCAGACUCCACAUCUUCCCUGCCCAGCUGGCCGCAAGGGGUACCAACCAGUAUGGCAGGGAGGGGCUUCUUAGAGUCCUUCUCAGGCCCUUUCCCACCUCCCUCCUGGGCCCUGCCCGUUGGGGCCCAGCAGGCGGGGGAGGCGGCCGAGGCUGGAGAACAGGACACAGGGCAGCUUGUUCCAGCCCAGGAGACAGAGGGCGCCUCUGUCCACUCCUGGCCCCUCGCCCCGCCGGGUGUUUGUCUGUGAGGGGGUGGAGCCAGUGCGGAGGGGGUCGGCCGGGGGAGGCCGACAGAAGACAGGUCUCCACACACAGCUCUCGGAGCCACAUUUGCAGCCUCGUCUGUCUGUCCAGAACCUGCUCCCACCUGAGGCCCAGGCUAACAGUGAGCUUCGCAAUGGGAUCCGAGCUGGAGACAGCGAUGGAAACGCUCAUCAACGUGUUCCACACCCACUCGGGCAAGGAGGGGGACAAGUACAAGCUGAGCAAGAAGGAGCUGAAGGAGCUCCUGCAGACCGAGCUCUCCGGCUUCCUCGACGCCCAGAAGGAUGCAGAUGCUGUGGACAAGGUGAUGAAGGAGCUGGACGAGAACGGAGACGGGGAGGUGGACUUCCAGGAGUAUGUGGUGCUGGUGGCGGCCCUCACCGUGGCCUGUAACAACUUCUUCUGGGAGAACAGUUGAGCAGAUGGCCCCAGUGGGCAGCGCCCUUCCCCUUGGCCCUGCCAUACCUGCCCCUAUACCCGGCUUCACCCUCACCCCAUUUUUCCCUCCGCAUAGUCCCACCCUUGCCCACCUUCCAACAAGGGCGCAAGAGUAGUGGGCCAGGCCUGCAACUCGUCUUUCAUUAAAGGCUCCUCUCUCGCCAG